AGGCAACGGCCACGCAUAGAGCAAAAGUUGGAGCAGAGGCGAGCCAGUCGUGGACGCGAUAGAACGGCGCCGCAGGCAUCAAAUUUUGUACGCCCAGGCCACGCAACGGUGAUGUGGGACACAUCCCGCAACGGGCAAUGCAACAACCCCAACGUUAUAUACCGUCUGUAUCUGAUCUAUAUGGCACGGACGAGAUAGAACUGCUGCUGGACGAGAUACGUGAGCUGGAGCUGGAGCCGGUCUGCUGUCAGCUGGACGAUGAGCAGGACUUUGAAAUAGCUGGCAGCAGAGCCGGCGAGCUCUCGCUCUCACUCGAAUCGCCGCUGGGCACGUGCACCUCCUGGGACUCGCACGCCAACUACAAACAGCAACAGCAAACGCCGCUGCCAUGGGGCGUCGCCCUACACUGUGAUCCGCAACACUUGAAAACGCCUACAGGGAUUGUGCGCAUACUACUGGUGUUAUCCUCGGCCGUCUGCCUUGCCUGCGAGUGCUCCGCGGGCACCGUUCAGGUGGGCCUCUUUCUACUGCCACUCAUCGGGCGCCUCAGGCUGAUGGUCUUCUGUGCGCUCUUCUCGCUACUCAUCACAUGCCUCAUGAUCUUUCUCGAUAUAUCGCACAUAGCGCUAAUGUUCCCAUUCAACUGGACGAAGGUGAACACGUGGAUGUACCUGAGCAUUGGUUUAAUAUUUAUUUUGAGCUCCACGCUGCUCGUCCACAUGGUGCUCUAUGCGACCGAGUACUCCUGGGUAUCCAAGCACUCCAAGGACACGUUACUAGCCACAGGCCUAAUUGGCUACAUUUGCGCCUUGGAGGCGCUCGUCCUAUCGGGCAUCGCCUCCUGGCCCUGGUCCCAGUAUCGCCAGGUGCCCGACGAUGCCAGCGAACUGUUCAUCGAAGAUCGCGAAAUGACGCCGAUGAGCCCCAUCACCAGCACCGAUCUCCAGCUACAGCCAGACACUGGCCACAAUCUGACGCCCUAUCAGCACAGCAGCCAGACCAAUGGCAAUGCAACGGCGCCCGAUGCAUACAACCAACAACAACAACAACAACAAUCGUCCUAUAAUCAAAAGCCUUAUAUACCUGCCAAACGACCCAAUGAGCUUAAUCAGCGUCCGACAUUGGGUCACACACAAACCGCACGGAUAAAACCGAAUCAGCGUUAUCGCGAGGGCUAUCACUACCAGCCGGUUGCCACGUCCACGUCCCGCCAGAGUCCCACGUUCGUUGUGGGAGACGAUCUGGGUGCCGGUCCAUCCACAUCCCGUUCCAAUGAUAAUUCUAGUGCGUGAUAGUUUUUAUUCCUCAACGACAACAGCAACAACAAAUUUAUAUAACAAACACUUUGUCCACAACAAUAAUGUUGAGGUUGCAUUUUGGUCAAUGUAAAACAAACAAAACAAAACAAAAGAGAGAAGAAAUUAAAAACAAAACAAA